AUGGAGCAACAAGGAAAUGGUGCUUCUUCAUUUACCAGUGCUGUGAGUCUUCAUAAGCUUGGAGUGUCUUCUAUACCUCAACGUUAUGUUCUUCCACCAUCACAACGACCUCAUCUUCCACUAUCAACCACUCUUCCCAUUAUAGAUUUGUCUACUUUGCGUGAUCAAUCUCUUGUUUCUAGAUCAACCAUCAAUGAAAUUCGAAUUGCCUGCAAAGAGAUAGGAUGCUUUCAGGUUAUUAACCAUGGGAUUGAUCAGUCAGUGAUGGAUGAAGCUCUAGAAGUCUCAACACAGUUCUUCAACCUUCCUAGUGCUGAAAAGAUGCGUUUAUUUUCUGAAGAUGUUCACAAACCUGUGAGGUAUGGAACAAGCCUUAAUCAAGCCAGGGAUGAAGUUUACUGCUGGAGAGAUUUCAUCAAACACUACUCUCAUCCAAUAUCGGAUUGGAUUCACAUGUGGCCUUCAAAUCCGUCAAAUUACAGGAAGAGCAUGGGAAAGUACGUAAAAGCUGUGCAAAUUCUACAAAAUCAACUGCUGGAAAUGAUUUUUGAAAGCCUAGGGUUAAACCGCAGUUACUUGCAUGAAGAAAUCAAUGGAGGGUCGCAAACACUUGCAGUGAAUUGCUACCCUGCAUGUCCAGAACCCGGUCUCACCUUAGGCAUCCACCCUCACUCUGAUUACGGAUCCAUAACUGUGCUGCUACAAACUCGUUCAGGCCUAGAAAUCAAGGACAAAAAUAACAACUGGACGUCCGUGCCGUUCGUUGAAGGAGCACUUGUGGUGCAGUUGGGUGACCAAAUGGAAGUUAUGAGCAAUGGACAAUACAAGAGUGUGAUUCACCGAGCAACGGUUAAUGGGGAUGAGAAGAGGUUUUCCAUUGCGAGUCUUCACAGUUUUGCAAUGGACAGAAAGAUGGGUCCUGCAGUGGAACUUGUUGAUGAUCAGCAUCCUAAGUCCUACAAAGAGUUCUGCUUCAGGGAAUUUCUGGACUUCAUUUCCUGCAAUGAUAUUACAAAGGGUAGGUUCGUUGACACUUUAAAGUUGAACAAACUUUAG